GUGAGACGUGGAGAGGGAGACGUGGAGAGGGAGACGCGGCGAGCUGCGACCGUCUCUGAUGGCGCCUCGCUACACCGGAAACCAACUUUUCACCGCAGUCCCUGACCUCUGUGUUAAACCCCUAAACAGUUGCACCGGGAGUGUUUCACCGCGGACCCGAACCCCACCACGUGAUACUGACUGUAUUGGGACUGGAAGAAUCCGAUGAGCUAUGAAGCUCUUCUUUCACAGACGGCCCAUUGCCAAUACGUCCAAGUGAUGGGAGUUUACGGUAUACUCGUUUUGUUACAUGGAUGAUCUCAUUUAUCCAAUCGUCCGGCGAAUUUCCAAGGGAGAUCUGUGAGCACAGCAGCAACAAAAUGAAUACAUCAUUAUUGGAAUAGAACGAGGUAUUUGAGGAAAAUUGCACAACCAGCAAACGAGGAGGAUUAUUUGCCUGCCCAAAAUGGAGCGGGUUCUUGUACGGAGGUCCCCAGGAGAAUGGGCAGCACCUGCCAUGUGACGAGGUUCGGUGGACCGAAGGAGCUGCCCGGGACACACGGACUUGGGAGUGGAUGGAUGCAUGGAGCCUGCGAGGAGGACACAGUGAGGUUGGGCUGCACCAACAUGUCUCGCCGCGUGGGCGAGUAUGCGGUCACAGAAGAACACAUAGAGGAAUACGAUAUCGAUUCACCUGAGUGGAAAACAGUAGGAAAAUCCAAGUCUUAUGAAGAGUUUGAAGAGGAGGUUGGAGGCUACACGAAGAUAACAACCGUCACAGAGACGAAGCUCACCAAACAGCUUCCAGGAACGGUGACGGAGCGUACCAUCAUCACCGAGAUCCCGUACGAUGAGGGGGGAGAAGAAGAGGAGGAGGAGGAAGUGGAGGAAAUUGUAACCAAGAAGUUCGGGGCAAGCGAUGGACCCAGAAGCACCCAGCAGAGCAGGCCAGAGAGGAAAGCAGCCAAAGAUGUCAGUGCAACUCCGAGUGAACACCUCACUGUGGAUCUUCUGCACAGCAAGAAAGCACAAAAUCUCUACAGCACGUUGAAGUAUAAGAAGGACUACGAGGAAAACAAAGCCAUGGGAUUCAGCAUCGUGACGGACACUCCUGAGCGCAAGAGAACCAAGCGGGCACAGGACCAGAUCAGUGAGGUGAAAUACCACAAAGAAUGGGAGAAGAUGAAGAACGUGUGCCACCUAGACAACACCAGCCGAGAUGUGGAGCAUGCAGCCAAAGUGUCCAAGAUGGUCAGCAAGAUUUUGUACAAAGAAAAAUAUGAAGACAUGAAGGAGCAUUUUCAACUACCUCCUGAUGCGCCCGAGUUUGUACACGCGCUAAAAAACUCGGCCCUCUACAGCAAGAAUGCGUAUAAAGCUGAAUACGAAGACGAGAAAACGACCUUCUUCCCGUACGCCGACAGCCCGGAGCUCCGGCGUGUCGCGUCCGCACAGAAGAUUUUUAGCGAUAUUCAAUACAAACAGAAGGGCCAUGCUCCAUACACAUCAGUGGCAGACACCCCUGAUGUGCGGCAGGCUAAGAAGAACUUUCUGCAAGGCAGUGAUCUGAAGUAUCGCGAGGCCUAUAACAAGGACGUUAAGGGAAAGUGGGCCGAGACACCCUACGUGGACAUGGCAAACGCCAAGAUCAACGCGCACAAUCUGUCUCAGAUCCAGUACAAGGCAGACUGGGAGCACAUGAAGGACAAACAGUGUGGUCUGCAGAAGGAUGCACUGCCACUCAAGGUGGCCAAGGCCCAGCGCAAGAUUGCCAGCAAUGUGGAGUACAAGCGGGCAUUCGAGCAGGCCCGAGGCCAAGCGGCCUGCAUGCAGAGCGUGGAUGAUGAUCCCAAGAUCCGCCAUUCCAUGAAUGUUUCCAAGAACCGCAGUGAGAAUCUGUACAAGAAGGAAUAUGAGAAGAACAAGACUAAGUUUCACAUGCCGGCGGACAGUGUUCACGUGGUUCAAGCCAAAAAUGCGCAGGAAAUGGCCAGCAACUUGGACUACAAGACAAGCCCACAUGGCUACGUGCUUCCCCCUGACUGUGUGACGUCACAGCAGGCCCGCAAGGCCUACGACCUCCAGAGUGAUAAUUUGUACAAGUCGGACAUGGACUGGAUGCGUGGGGUGGGCUGGGUCACCUCGGGUUCCGUGGACGUUGAGAAGGUCAAGCGUGCAGGCAGCAUCCUGAGUGAGAGGAAGUACAGACAGCCAGCUCAGCAGCAGCCCUUCACCCAGGUGGAGGACACGCCAGAGUUGGUGAAGGCCAAAUCCAACCAGCAGCUCUGCAGUAAACUCGUGUACAAGGCAGAUAGCGAGAAGCGCCUGCACCAGUACACCAUGGAUGCAGAUGAACCCCAGCUGCUGCAGGCCAAGGUCAACAGCAUCAAUCUGAGUAAUAAAUGCUACCAAUUUGACUAUGAAGAAAACAAGGCCACGGGUUAUGAGCUGAAGGCUGAUGCCAUUCCUUUCCGUGCUGCAAGAGCUUCCAGCAACAUCGUGAGCGAUCGCAAGUACAAGAAGGAGUACGAGGCAGACAAGGGCAAGCACAUCGGGGCCCAGAGCCUACAGGACGACCCCAAGAUGGUCCACUCAAUGCGUGUGGCCAAGAUGCAGAGUCAGCGCGAGUACAAGAAGGGCUAUGAGAAGGGCAAGACCAGCUACCACACGCCGAUGGACAUGCUGCAGGUCGUGGAGGCCAAGAAGGCCCAGGCCAUGGCCAGCAACUUGGACUACAAGACGCGGCUGCACAGCUACGUGCUGCCACCCGACCACAUGACGGGACAGCACGCCCGCAAGGCCUACGACCUGCAGAGCGACAAUUUGUACAAGUCGGACAUGGACUGGAUGCGUGGGGUGGGCUGGGUCACUUCUGGUUCCGUGGACGUUGAGAAGGUCAAGCGUGCAGGCAGCAUCCUGAGUGAGAGGAAGUACAGACAGCCAGCUCAGCAGCAGCCCUUCACCCAGGUGGAGGACACGCCAGAGUUGGUGAAGGCCAAAUCCAACCAGCAGCUCUGCAGUAAACUCGUGUACAAGGCAGAUAGCGAGAAGCGCCUGCACCAGUACACCAUGGAUGCAGAUGAACCCCAGCUGCUGCAGGCCAAGGUCAACAGCAUCAAUCUGAGUAAAAAAUGCUACCAAUUUGACUAUGAAGAAAACAAGGCCACGGGUUAUGACCUGAAGGCUGAUGCCAUUCCUUUCCGUGCUGCAAGAGCUUCCAGCAACAUCGUGAGCGAUCACAAGUACAAGAAGGAGUACGAGGCAGACAAGGGCAAGCACAUCGGGGCCCAGAGCCUACAGGAUGACCCCAAGAUGGUCCACUCAAUGCGUGUGGCCAAGAUGCAGAGUCAGCGCGAGUACAAGAAGGGCUAUGAGAAGGGCAAGACCAGCUACCACACGCCGAUGGACAUGCUGCAGGUCGUGGAGGCCAAGAAGGCCCAGGCCAUGGCCAGCGACGUGGACUACAAGACGCGGCUGCACAGCUACGUGCUGCCACCCGACUACAUGACGGGACAGCACGCCCGCAAGGCCUACGACCUGCAGAGCGACUCGCUGUACAAGUCAGACUUGGAAUGGAUCCGAGGGUGUGGAUGGAUUCCCACCGAAUCCCUGGAUGUAAAGAAGGUUCAAAGAGCAGGGGACAUCCUGAGCGAGAAGAAAUACCGGCAGCACCCAGACACCGUAGGCUUCACCAGUGUGACCGACUCGCCCGUCAUGCAGCAGUGCAAGCUCAAUGCCGACCAGAUCAACGACCGUGCGUACAGGAAGGCAUGGGAGGAUUCAAAGACUGAAAUCAGUAUGAUGCCCGAUACGCCGCAGCUGUUACAGGCCAAAGCCAACGCGUACAACCUCAGUGAUGUUUGCUACAAAAAAGGACUGGAGGAGCAGCGUGCUCUAGGCUGUGACGUGCGAGCAGACGCCAUCCCCAUCCGAGCGGCCAAGGCGUGCAGGGCGAUCGCCAGUGACGUCAAGUACAAGGAGGCCUUUGAGAAGGCAAAGGGACACCACGUGGGCUUCCAAAGCCUGGAAGACGAUCCCAAGUUGGUCCACUCCAUGCGCGUUGCUAAAAUGCAAAGCGAUCGUGCGUACAAGAAGAAUUUUGAAAAGAGUAAAACAAACUACCACAUGCCUUUGGACAUGCUGAACCUCGUCAUGGCCAAGAAGUGCCAGGACAUGGUCAGUGACACCAACUACAGGCAGAGGCUGCACGACUGGACGUGUCUGCCGGACCAGACCAGCGUCGCUCACGCCAAGAUGGCCAACGAGCUGCAGAGCGAUACACUGUAUAAGGCAGACCUGGAUUGGAUCCGGGGAUGUGGCUGGAUUCCGGUUGGGUCCUUGGACAAUGUGAAGGCUCAGAAAGCAGGAGACAUCCUGAGUGAGAAGAAAUACCGGCAGCACCCAGAUACUGUAGGCUUCACCAGCAUCAGCGAUUCGCCCGAAAUGCUCCAAGCUAAAGUCAAUGCCGAACAGCUGAGCGAUUUGGUGUACAGGGCUGAUGGUGAGGAGGCCAAACACUCAUACACGCUGCCUCCAGAUGCACCGCAGCUGCUACAGGCACGCGUCAAUGCCUUUAACUCCAGCGACGUUUGCUACAAGAUGGCCUGGGAGAAGACCAAGGACAAGGAUUUUGAGCUUCCACUGGAUGCGCUGUCCAUCACAGCCGCCAAACGCUCCGUCAACAUCAUGAGUGACCGCAAGUACAAGAAGGAGUACGAGGCAGACAAGGGCAAGCACAUUGGGGCCCAAAGCCUGCAGGACGACCCCAAGAUGGUUCACUCGAUGCGCGUGGCCAAAAUGCAAAGUGAACGCGAGUACAAGAAGGGCUAUGAGAAGGGCAAGACCAGCUACCACACGCCGCUGGACAUGCUGCAGGUCGUGGAGGCCAAGAAGGCCCAGGCUAUGGCCAGCAACGUGGACUACAAGACGCGGCUGCACAGCUACGUGCUGCCACCCGACUACAUGACGGGACAGCACGCCCGCAAGGCCUACGACCUGCAGAGCGACUCGCUGUACAAGUCAGACUUGGAAUGGAUCCGAGGGUGUGGAUGGAUUCCCACCGAAUCCCUGGAUGUAAAGAAGGUUCAAAGAGCAGGGGACAUCCUGAGCGAGAAGAAAUACCGGCAGCACCCAGACACCGUAGGCUUCACCAGUGUGACCGACUCGCCCGUCAUGCAGCAGUGCAAGCUCAACGCCGACCAGAUCAACGACCGCUUGUACAAGGAAGCCUGGGAGCAGGACAAGGUCAGCAUUCACGUCAUGCCCGACACUCCACAGCUGCUGCAGGCCAAGGUCAACACCUACAACCUGAGUGAUAUAUACUACAAGCAUGACCUGGAGCAGAUGAGAGCAAAUGGAUAUGACCUGAGGCUGGAUGCCAUCUCCAUUAAAGCUGCAAAGGCCUCCAGGAACAUUGCCAGUGAUGUCAAGUACAAGGAGGCCUUUGAGAAGGCAAAGGGACACCACGUGGGCUUCCAAAGCCUGGAAGACGAUCCCAAGCUGGUCCACUCCAUACGCGUUGCUAAAAUGCAAAGCGAUCGUGCGUACAAGAAGGAUUUUGAAAAGAGUAAGACAAACUACCACAUGCCUUUGGACAUGCUGAACCUCGUCAUGGCCAAGAAGUGCCAGGACAUGGUCAGUGACGCCAACUACAGGCAGAGGCUGCACGACUGGACGUGUCUGCCGGACCAGACCAGCGUCGCCCACGCCAAGAUGGCCAACGAGCUGCAGAGUGAUACGCUGUACAAGUCAGACUUGGAUUGGAUCCGGGGGUGUGGCUGGAUUCCGGUUGGGUCCCUGGACAAUGUGAAGGUUCAGAAAGCAGGAGACAUCCUGAGCGAGAAGAAAUACCGGCAGCACCCAGAUACUGUAGGCUUCACCAGCAUCAGUGACUCACUCGUCAUGCAGCAAUAUAAGCUCAACGCCGACCAGAUCAAUAAUCGCUUGUACAAGAAAGCCUGGGAGCAAGACAAGAUCAGCAUUCACGUCAUGCCCGACACUCCACAGCUGCUGCAGGCCAAGGUCAACUCCUACAACCUGAGCGAUGUUUGCUACAAAAAAGGACUGGAGGAGCAGCGUGCUCUAGGCUGUGACGUGCGAGCAGACGCCAUCCCCAUCCGAGCGGCCAAGGCGUGCAGGGCGAUCGCCAGUGACGUCAAGUACAAGGAGGCCUUUGAGAAGGCAAAGGGACACCACGUGGGCUUCCAAAGCCUGGAAGACGAUCCCAAGUUGGUCCACUCCAUGCGCGUUGCUAAAAUGCAAAGCGAUCGUGCGUACAAGAAGGAUUUUGAAAAGAGUAAGACAAACUACCACAUGCCUUUGGACAUGCUGAACCUCGUCAUGGCCAAGAAGUGCCAGGACAUGGUCAGUGACGCCAACUAUAGGCAGAGGCUGCACGACUGGACGUGUCUGCCGGACCAGACCAGCGUCGCCCACGCCAAGAUGGCCAACGAGCUGCAGAGCGAUACACUGUACAAGGCAGACCUGGAUUGGAUCCGGGGAUGUGGCUGGAUUUCGGUUGGGUCCCUGGACAAUGUGAAGGCUCAGAGAGCAGGAGACAUCCUGAGCGAGAGGAAAUACCGGCAGCAUCCAGACACUGUAGGCUUCACCAGCAUCACCGACUCUCCCGUCAUGCAGCAGUGCAAGAUCAACGCUGACCAGAUCAACAACCGCUUGUACAAGGAAGCCUGGGAGCAGGACAAGGUCAGCAUUCACGUCAUGCCUGACACUCCAGAGAUGUUGCAGGCCAAGGUCAACAGCUACAACCUGAGCGAUAAAUACUACAAGCACAGUCUGGAGCAGAUGAGAUCCGAUGGAUAUGACUUAAGGUUGGAUGCCAUCUCAAUCAAAGCUGCAAAAGCAUCCAGGAGUAUCGCCAGUGACUAUAUAUACAAGGAGGCUUACCGUAAGCAGAAGGGACACCACGUGGGCUUCCGAAGCCUGGAAGACGAUCCCAAGCUGGUCCACUCCAUACGCGUUGCCAAAAUGCAGAGCGACCGUGAAUACAAGAAGGAUUUUGAAAAGAGUAAGACAAACUACCACAUGCCUUUGGACAUGCUGAACCUCGUCAUGGCCAAGAAGUGCCAGGACAUGGUCAGUGACGCCAACUACAGGCAGAGGCUGCACGACUGGACGUGUCUGGCGGACCAGACCAGCGUCGCCCACGCCAAGAUGGCCAACGAGCUGCAGAGCGAUAAUCUGUACAAGGCAGACCUGGAUUGGAUUCGGGGGUGUGGCUGGAUUCCCGUUGGGUCCCUGGACAAUGUGAAGGCUCAGAGAGCAGGAGACAUCCUGAGCGAGAGGAAAUACCGGCAGCACCCAGACACCGUAGGCUUCACCAGCAUCACCAACUCACCUUUCAUGCAGCAGUGCAAGCUCAACGCCGACCAGAUCAACGACCGCUUGUACAAGGAAGCCUGGGAGCAGGACAAGGUCAGCAUUCACGUCAUGCCCGACACUCCACAGCUGCUGCAGGCCAAGGUCAACACCUACAACCUGAGCGAUAAAUACUACAAGCAGGGUCUGGAGCAGAUGAGAGCGGAUGGAUAUGACCUAAGGUUGGACGCCAUCUCCAUUAAAGCUGCAAAAGCCUCAAGGAACAUCGUCAGCGAUGUCAAGUACAAGGAGGCUUUUGAGAAGGCAAAGGGACACCACGUGGGCUUCCAAAGCCUGGAAGACGAUCCCAAGUUGGUCCACUCCAUGCGCGUUGCUAAAAUGCAAAGCGAUCGUGCGUACAAGAAGGAUUUUGAAAAGAGUAAGACAAACUACCACAUGCCUUUGGACAUGCUGAACCUCGUCAUGGCCAAGAAGUGCCAGGACAUGGUCAGUGACGCCAACUACAGGCAGAGGCUGCACGACUGGACGUGUUUGCCGGACCAGACCAGCGUCGCUCACGCCAAGAUGGCCAACGAGCUGCAGAGCGAUACUCUGUACAAGGCAGACCUGGAUUGGAUCCGGGGAUGUGGCUGGAUUCCGGUUGGGUCCCUGGACAAUGUGAAGGCUCAGAGAGCAGGAGACAUCCUGAGCGAGAGGAAAUACCGGCAGCAUCCAGAGACCGUAGGCUUCACCAGCAUCACCAACUCGCCUUUCAUGCAGCAGUGCAAGCUCAACGCCGACCAGAUCAACGACCGUUUGUACAAGGAAGCCUGGGAGCAGGACAAGGUCAGCAUUCACGUAAUGCCCGACACACCACAGCUGCUGCAGGCCAAGGUCAACACCUACAACCUGAGCGAUAAAUCCUACAAGCAUGAUCUGGAGCAGAUGAGAGCGGAUGGAUAUGACCUCAAAUUGGACGCCAUCUCCAUUAAAACUGCAAAAGCCUCCAGGAACAUCGCCAGUGAUUAUAUAUACAAGGAGGCUUACCGCAAGCAGAAGGGACACCACGUGGGCUUCCGAAGCCUGGAAGACGAUCCCAAGCUGGUCCACUCCAUACGCGUUGCCAGGAUUCAGAGCGACCGUGAAUACAAGAAGGAUUUUGAAAAGAGUAAGACAAACUACCACAUGCCUUUGGACAUGCUGAACCUCGUCAUGGCCAAGAAGUGCCAGGACAUGGUCAGUGACGCCAACUACAGGCAGAGGCUGCACGACUGGACGUGUCUGCCGGACCAGACCAGCGUCACCCACGCCAAGAUGGCCAACGAGCUGCAGAGCGAUACUCUGUACAAGGCAGACCUGGAUUGGAUUCGGGGAUGUGGCUGGAUUCCAGUUGGGUCCCUGGACAAUGUGAAAGCUCAGAGAGCAGGAGACAUCCUGAGCGAGAGGAAAUACCGGCAGCACCCAGACACCGUAGGCUUCACCAGCAUCACCAACUCGCCUUUCAUGCAGCAGUGCAAGCUCAACGCUGACCAGAUCAACGACCGCUUGUACAAGGAAGCCUGGGAGCAGGACAAGGUCAGCAUUCACGUCAUGCCCGACACUCCGGGGCUGCUGCAGGCCAAGGUCAACACCUACAACCUGAGCGAUAAAUACUACAAGCAGGGUCUGGAGCAGAUGAGAGCCGAUGGAUAUGACCUGGGGUUGGAUGCCAUCUCAAUCAAAGCUGCAAAAGCAUCCAGGAGUAUCGCCAGUGACUAUAUAUACAAGGAGGCUUACCGUAAGCAGAAGGGACACCACGUGGGCUUCCGAAGCCUGGAAGACGAUCCCAAGCUGGUCCACUCCAUACGCGUUGCCAAAAUGCAGAGCGACCGUGAAUACAAGAAGGAUUUUGAAAAGAGUAAGACAAACUACCACAUGCCUUUGGACAUGCUGAACCUCGUCAUGGCCAAGAAGUGCCAGGACAUGGUCAGUGACGCCAACUACAGGCAGAGGCUGCACGACUGGACGUGUCUGCCGGACCAGACCAGCGUCGCUCACGCCAAGAUGGCCAACGAGCUGCAGAGCGAUACGCUAUACAAGGCAGACCUGGAUUGGCUUCGAGGAUGUGGCUGGAUUCCGGUUGGGUCCCUGGACAAUGUGAAGGCUCAGAGAGCAGGAGACAUCCUGAGCGAGAGGAAAUACCGGCAGCACCCAGAGACCGUAGGCUUCACCAGCAUCACCAACUCACCUUUCAUGCAGCAGUGCAAGCUCAACGCCGACCAGAUCAACGACCGCUUGUACAAGAAAGCCUGGGAGCAGGACAAGAUCAGCAUUCACGUCAUGCCCGACACUCCAGGGCUGUUGCAGGCCAAGGUCAACACCUACAACCUGAGCGAUAAAUACUACAAGCAGGGUUUGCAGCAGAUGAGAGCCGAUGGAUAUGACCUGGGGUUGGAGGCCAUCUCUAUCAAAGCUGCAAAAGCGUCCAGGAACAUCGCCAGUGAUGUCAAGUACAAGGAGGCCUUCGAGAAGGAAAAGGGACACCACGUCGGCUUCCAAAGCCUGGAAGACGAUCCCAAGCUGGUCCACUCCAUACGCGUUGCUAAAAUGCAAAGCGAUCGUGCGUACAAGAAGGAUUUUGAAAAGAGUAAGACAAACUACCACAUGCCUUUGGACAUGCUGAACCUCGUCAUGGCCAAGAAGUGCCAGGACAUGGUCAGUGACACCAACUACAGGCAGAGGCUGCACGACUGGACGUGUCUGCCGGACCAGACCAGCGUCGCCCACGCCAAGAUGGCCAACGAGCUGCAGAGCGAUACGCUGUAUAAGGCAGACCUGGAUUGGCUCCGGGGAUGUGGCUGGAUUCCCGUUGGGUCCCUGGACAAUGUCAAAGCUCAGAGAGCAGGAGACAUCCUGAGCGAGAGGAAAUACCGGCAGCACCCAGACACCGUAGGCUUCACCAGCAUCACCAACUCACCUUUCAUGCAGCAGUGCAAGCUCAACGCCGACCAGAUCAACGAUCGCUUGUACAAGGAAGCCUGGGAGCAGGACAAGGUCAGCAUUCAUGUCAUGCCCGACACUCCACAGCUGCUGCAGGCCAAGGUCAACACCUACAACCUGAGCGAUAAAUCCUACAAGCAGGAUCUGGUGCAGAUGAGAGCAGAUGGAUAUGACCUGGGGUUGGAGGCAAUCUCCGUUAAAGCUGCAAAAGCCUCCAGGAACAUCGCCAGUGAUUACCUAUACACGGAGGCUUACCGUAAGGAAAAGGGACAUCACUUUGGAUUCCGAAGCCUGGAAGAUGAUCCCAAGCUGGUCCACUCCAUACGCGUUGCCAAAAUGCAGAGCGACCGUGAAUACAAGAAGGAUUUUGAAAAGAGUAAGACAAACUACCACAUGCCUUUGGACAUGCUGAACCUCGUCAUGGCCAAGAAGUGCCAGGACAUGGUCAGUGACGCCAACUACAGGCAGAGGCUGCACGACUGGACGUGUCUGCCGGACCAGACCAGCGUCGCCCACGCUAAGAUGGCCAACGAGCUGCAGAGCGAUACUCUGUACAAGGCAGACCUGGAUUGGCUCCGGGGAUGUGGCUGGAUUCCCGUUGGGUCCCUGGACAAUGUGAAGGCUCAGAGAGCAGGAGACAUCCUGAGCGAGAGGAAAUAUCGGCAGCACCCAGAGACCGUAGGCUUCACCAGCAUCACCAACUCACCUUUCAUGCAGCAGUGCAAGCUCAACGCCGACCAGAUCAAUGACCGCUUGUACAAGAAGGCCUGGGAGCAGGACAAGGUCAGCAUUCAUGUCAUGCCUGACACUCCAGGGCUGCUGCAGGCCAAGGUCAACACCUACAACCUGAGCGAUAAAUGCUACAGGAAAGGCCUGGAGAAAAUGAGAGCGGAUGGAUACGACCUCAAGUCGGACGCCAUCUCCAUUAAAGCAGCAAAGGCCUCCAGGGACAUCGCUAGCGACUAUAUCUACAAAGAGGCUUACCGCAAGGGCAAAGGACAUCAUUUUGGGUUCCGAAGCCUGGAAGACGACCCCAAGCUGGUCCACUCCAUACGCGUUGCUAAAAUGCAAAGUGAACGUGAAUACAGAAAGGAUUUUGAAAAUAUUAAACACAGUAACCACAUUCCUUUGGACAUGCUGAACCUCGUCAUGGCAAAGAAGUGCCAGUACAUGGUCAGUGACGCCAACUACAGGCAGAGGCUGCACGACUGGACGUGUUUGCCGGACCAGACCAGCAUUGCCCACGCCAAGAUGGCCAAUGAGCUGCAGAGCGAUGUCCUGUACAAGGCAGACCUGGAGUGGCUGCGGGGAUGUGGAUGGAUUGCCAAUGAAUCUCUGGAUAUGAAGAAGGCCCAGAGAGCAGCAGAGAUUCUAAGUGACAAAAAAUAUCGGCAACAUCCAGCCACCCUAAGCUUCACUUGCGUGAAUGACUCACCUUUCUUGCUGCAGUGCAAGCUUAACGCCGACCAGAUUAACGAUCGUUUGUACAGGGAAACAUGGGAGCAGGACAAGAUCAGAAUUCACGUCAUGCCUGACACGCCACAGAUGCUGCAGGCCAAAGUCAACACCUACAACCUGAGUGAUAAAUCCUACAGGAAGGGCCUGGAACAAAUGAGAGCAGACGGCUAUGACUUGGGGUCAGAGGCUAUCUCUGUGAAAGCUGCAAAGGCUUCCAGAAUUAUCGCCAGUGAUUACAUAUACAAGCAGGCUUAUGAGCAUGACAAGGGACAGCUCUGUGGGGUUCGCAGCAUGGAUGAUGACCUCAGGAUGGUCAAUGCCUUGCGAGUUGGCAAACUGCAGAGUGACCUUGAGUACAAGAAAGAUUUAGUGGAAAGUAAAUCCAACUUGCACAUUCCUACGGACAUGCUGAACCUCGUCGUGGCCAAGAAGUGCCAGGACAUGCUCAGUGACACCACCUACAGGCAGAGGCUGCACGACUGGACGUGUCUGCCGGACCAGACCAGCGUGGCCCACGCCAAGAUGGCCACUGAGCUGCAGAGCGAUACGCUGUACAAGGCAGACCUGGAUUGGCUCCGGGGAUGUGGCUGGAUUCCCGUUGGGUCCCUGGACAAUGUGAAGGCUCAGAGAGCAGGAGACAUCCUGAGCGAGAGGAAAUACCGGCAGCACCCAGAGACCGUAGGCUUCACCAGCAUCACCAACUCGCCUUUCAUGCAGCAGUGCAAGCUCAACGCCAACCAGAUCAACGAUCGCUUGUAUAAGAAAGCCUGGGAGCAGGACAAGAUCAGCAUUCACGUCAUGCCCGACACUCCACAGCUGCUGCAGGCCAAGGUCAACACCUACAACCUGAGCGAUAAAUCCUACAAGAAGGGUUUGGAGCAGAUGAGAGCGGAUGGAUAUGACCUGGGGUUGGAAGCCAUCUCCAUUAAAGCUGCAAAGGCCUCCAGGAACAUCGCCAGUGACGUCAAUUACAAAGAAGCAUAUGAGAAAGAAAAAGGGCAUUACAUUGGCUUCCAGUAUUUAGAUGAUGAUAUCAAAAUGCUUCACUCGACACGAGUUGGUAAACUGCUGAGCAAUCUUGAAUAUAGGAAAGAUUUUGAUGAAAGUAAAGGGAAGUUUCACAUUCCUACGGACAUGAUGAAUGUUGUCAUGGCCAAGAAGUGCCAGGACAUCCUUAGUGACGUCAACUACAGGCAGAGGCUGCACGACUGGACGUGUCUGCCGGACCAGACCAGCAUCGCCCACGCCAAGAUGGCCAAUGAGCUGCAGAGCGAUGCCCUGUACAAGGCAGACCUGGAGUGGCUGCGGGGUUGUGGAUGGAUUGCCAAUGGCUCAUUGGAUAUGAAGAAGGCUCAGAGAGCAGCAGAGAUUCUGAGUGACAGAAAAUACCGGCAGCAUCCAGCCACCCUAAGCUUCACUUGCGUGAAUGACUCGCCUUUCUUGCUGCAGUGCAAGCUUAACGCCGACCAGAUUAACGACCGCUUGUACAAGGAAGCCUGGGAGCAGGACAAGGUCAGCAUUCACGUCAUGCCCGACACUCCACAGCUGCUGCAGGCCAAGGUCAACACCUACAACCUGAGCGAUAAAAGCUACCGUAAGGAUUGGGAGGAAUCCCGAGCCCUGGGUCAUGACGUGCGCUUUGAUGCCAUCCCCAUACGAAGUGCCAUGGCCUCCCGCGACAUCUGCAGCGACUACAAGUACAAGGAGAACUAUGAGAAGGAGAAGGGCCAGCACCUUGGGAUUGCCAGCCUGAAGGAUGAUCUUAGGAUGGUCAACGCCUUCCGAGCUGGCAAACUGCAGAGCGAUCUCGAGUACAAGAAGAAUUUUGAUGAUGAUAAAUCAAAAUUCCGCAUUCCUACGGACAUGAUGAAUGUUGUCAUGGCCAAGAAGUGCCAGGACAUCCUCAGUGAUGUCAACUACAGGCAGAGGCUGCACGACUGGACGUGUCUGCCGGACCAGACCAGCAUCGCCCACGCCAAGAUGGCCAACGAGCUGCAAAGCGAUGCCCUGUACAAGGCUGACCUGGAGUGGCUGCGGGGUUGUGGGUGGAUUGCCAAUGACUCUGUGGAUCUGAAGAAGGCUCAGAGGGCAGCAGAGAUCCUGAGCGAGAGGAAAUACCGGCAGCACCCGUGCAGCGUUGGCUUCACGAGCGUCACCAACUCGCCCGGGUUGCUGCAGGCCAAAAUAAGCGCAGCACUCAUGAACAAUAGGCUGUACACCGAGCAGUGGAACAAAGACAAGGGAAUUAUUCACCUCAUGCCAGAUGCACCCCCGUUCAUACUCGCCAAGAACAAUUCCUACAAUAUCAAUCAGAGGAAUUACACGCGGCAGUGGGAGGAAAUGAAGCGAGAGGGACACCACAUGAAGCCCGAUGCCAUUCCGGUGCAGGCCGCCAAGGCAGCUCACCUGCUCAUCAGCGGAAUCAAGUACAAGGAGGCCUAUGAGAAGGAGAAGGGCCAGCAUCGUGGGAUUGCCAGCCUGAAAGAUGAUCUCAGGAUGGUCAACGCAUUCCGAGCUGGCAAAUUGCAGAGCGAUCUCGAGUACAAGAAGGAUUUUGAUGAUAAUAAAUCAAAAUUCCACAUUCCUACGGACAUGAUGAAUGUUGUCAUGGCCAAGAAGUGCCAGGACAUGGUCAGUGAAGUCAACUACAGGCAGAGGCUGCACGACUGGACGUGUCUGCCGGACCAGACCAGCGUGGCCCACGCCAAGAUGGCCAACGAGCUGCAGAGCGACGCCCUGUACAAGGCUGAUCUGGAGUGGCUGCGGGGCUGUGGAUGGAUUGCCAAUGAUUCAUUGGAAGUAAAAAAGGCUCAGAGAGCAGGAGAGAUCCUGAGUGACAAAAAAUACCGGCAGCCUCCAGCCACAAUAAGGUUCACAAGCGUGACCGACGCACCUUUCAUGCUGCAGUGCAAGGUCAACGCCGACCAGAUCAACAGCAGACUCUACAGGAAACUUUGGGAUGCUGACAAGACCCAGAUCCACGUCAUGCCUGACACCCCCGAGCUGCUGCAGGCCAAAGUGAACACGGUCAACCUGAGUGAUAAACACUACCGCGGCGCAUGGAGGGAGUCUCGAGCAGAGGGCUACGACAUGCGCAUCGAUGCGAUGCCACUGCAGUUGGCGCGCAAGUCCCGUGACAUCAUCAGUGACUACAAGUACAAGGAGUCCCACGAGAAGGGCAAGGGCCAGCUGAUCGGCUUCCGGCGCCUCCAAGACGACCCGCGUCUGGUUCACAGCGCGCGCACCGGCAUCAUGCUCAACGCCCGCCUGUACCGGCAGAAAUUCGAGGACGACAAGACCAAAUGCGUGACUCCAGUCGAUGCUCUGAGCGUGCUGCAGGCGAAGAAGUGCCAGCACCAGCUCUCAGACAUCCCCUACCGCACCUACCUGCGGCACUGGACUUGCCUGCCGCACCAAGGACCUUUGCUACACGCCAAGCACGCUCAGGACCUGCUGAGUGACAACCUGUACAAGGAGGAUCUGCUGUGGAUGCGAGGGCUGGGCUGCUCGGUGUGCGACACCCCUGACAUCCUGCGAGCGAAGGAGGUCUACAAUCACCGUAGUGACAUAAAGUACCAGGCCGAGGCCAAGCUGGGGCAGCUGAAGUUCACGGUGGUCACCGACACCCCAGGCUACCUGACGGCGCUCACCAGCGCACAGCAGCUAAGCGAUAUCAAGUACAAGGCCCAGUACAAGGCAGCACGUGGUGUUUAUACCCCAGUCCUGGACUCUGUGGACAACAUCCGCGUGGCUAAUGCUCAGAAGCUCUUCAGCAACAACCUCUACAAAGAAGCAUGGCAACGAGUGAAGGCCAAGGGCUUCUCCCUCCCAGUAGACACUGUACACCUGCAGAAUGCUCGUCACCAGCAAAGCCUGUACAGCCCGAGGAAGUACCGUGCGGAGUACGAGCAGAUGAAGGCCCACUUCACCCAGCCGAAGCUCCUGAAGGAAGAUCCCCGUGCCUUGCACGCCCUCCACGCUGGAAACAUCCUCAGUAACUUGCUGUACACGGCGGCCUACAACAAAGGCAAAGGAGCGCUGCACCUGGCCCCCGACAUGAUGGAUGUGGUGGUGGCCAAGCGCGCGCAGGACCUGGCGAGCGGCCGAGGAUACCGCUCGCUCCGCCGCUCCUGGAUCUGCCUGCCGGACAUGCAGCAGCUGGAGCACGCGCGGCACGCCCAGGAGCUCUACAGUGACGUGGCCUACAAAGACGACCUAAAGUGGUCGCGUGGCAUCGGCUGCUUCGUGUGGGACACACCCAGCAUCCUGCAGGCCAAGCAAAGCCGCGACCAGUGCAGCGACGUGCGAUACCGUGCUCAGGCCGAAGCCGCUCGCAGUGCAUUCACGCCCGUGCUGGACACGCCUGGGUAUCUGCAGGCCCAGACCGUGCGGGGCUACAGCGACAACAAGUACAAGAGGCACUACCUGAGUGAGGUGCGGGGGAGACCGGUGCAGGGAGCCAAGCGACUCGACAUCGCCCACGCUGUGGCCACUGCUCGCCUGAGGAAUGAUCGUUGGUACCAGCAAGGCCUUAAGCUGCUGCCCACGAGCUACCAUCUCCCCGUUGACACGAUAGCACUGGUCACUGCCAAGGCAGCGCAUGGACUGACAAACAAUAUGCUGUACCGGGACAACUAUGAGAAGGGCAAGGCUGCUGGCUAUCGACUGCCCCACGAUGCAGUUGGGUUCCGUACUGCCCUGCACGUAGGCCUCCUGCAGAACCAGCGACUCUACCGUGUGGCCUAUGAGAACGGAAAAGCGAACAUCCACCUGGGCAAGGACCUACCUGAGAUCACACACGUGCGCGCCGUACAGAAAGCCAUCAGCCGUCUGGACUACCGCGCUGCCUAUGAGCUAACCAGGGGCCGACCGAUGACCCUGGCUUGGACCCCUGAGCUGCUGCACUGCCGCGUAGUGGGAGAGCAGCUCAGUGACGUGAAGUAUAAGGAAGACCUGCAUUGGAUGCAGGGGACUGGGUGCUACCUCUUCAACAGCCCUGCUUUCACGCUGGCUCGCGAAGCCAAGCGCUAUGGGAGCGCCUACACAAAGGGCGCGAAGGUGCUGCUGGGCAAUCCCAAGGUGGUGCUGGACACCCCGGAGUAUCUGCGUCUCCAGCAGAACAAGCAGCACACGAGCGACCUGGUCUACCGUGCAACGGGCAACGUCCUCAAGUCCCGCUACACGCCCGUGCUGGACACCCCCGUGCUGCUCCGCGCCAAGUACGCCCAGGAGCUGCAGAGUCAGUCCCUGUACACGGACGACGCCAAGAGGAAUGUGCUGCACUCCUACAAGAUGCACGCUGACACUCCUGCCCUGCUGCACGCCAAGGCCGCCAGUCAGCUCAUCAAUGGCCGACGCUACCGUGCUGAGUACGAGCAGCUGAAGCAGAAGUUUGUGUCGCGACUGGACUCGCCCGCGAUCCUCACCGCCAAGCGAGCACACCACCUGGCCAGCGACCUGCGCUACAAGGAAGCGUUCGAGAAGGACAAGGGACGCUACAACAUGCGGGAAGACGCGUGCGAACUGCGCCACCACCGGCUCGUAACCGACCGUAUCAGCGACGUGAAAUACAAGGAGAAUUACGUCCAGGGAGGAGGCAUAUGGAGCCACCUGCCCUUCCUACCGGAGCUGAUACACCAUAAGGACGUCACCGAAGCCAUCAGCGACGUGAGGUACAAGGAGGAUGUUGGGUACCUGCGCGGCAUCGGCUGCAACAUGUGGGGCAACCCGGACAUGGUGAUGGCGAAGAGGAACCAGCAGCUCUAUAGCGCCGCCGUCUACCACAAGGAUUGGGACCUCGACCGCGGCAAGUUCUCCUUCACGGCCGAUACGCCUGUACUCCAGACUGCCAAGAUGGCCGCCGUGCUCAUCAGCCAGCUGAAGUACAAGGCGAAGUAUGAAAAGAUGAAGAGCAAGUUCACGCCCGUGCUGGAGGAGCCCAGGAAUUUGCACGCCAAGGCUAUGCAAGUGCAGCAGAGCCCGUGGAUGUACAAGAAAGACUUUGAGAAGAUGAAGACUAAGUUCACUCUCCUGGUUGACAUGCCAUCCAUCAAGCAAGCUAAGGCAGCCGCCAAGCUGAUCAGCGACAUCGUCUACAAGGAAAAGCACAACAAGACAAAGCACAUCGGCUUCACGCCCGUUCAAGACUCGCCCUUCCUCCGCCACGUGAAGAAAGCCGACGCUCACACCAGCUAUUGGAAGUACCGGGACGAGUACGACCGCAAGAAGGACGCGUGCACUCUGCCCCCCGACGCCGUGCCGCUGUGCACCGCCAAGCAGGCCUACGCCAUCAGUCUGGACCGGCCGUACCGAGCUCAGUAUGAGAAGACGAAGGCUCGGUGGGUGGAGGUCCCCGACCGCCCAGACAUGGUGUCUGCGAUGCGCGCGACCGUGCAGCUGAGUGAUGCGGAGUACCGGCAGGACCGGGAGAUGCUCAAAGGCUGCAAGUUCUCUGUGACCAAUGACAAGCUGAUGGUUUUGGCUAAGCAGGGCCAAGACCUGGCCAGCGGUAUUAAAUACCACGAGCAGUUCCAGCAGAUGAAGGACAAAUUCACGCCAGUGACAGACAGCCCCGUGCUCAACAACGUCAAGAACGCCAGCAGCCUCGCCUCCGAGGUCAAGUACAAGGAAGCGGGAAAGAAGGUGCUGCCCAAGCCGGCAUUCUCCAAGAUCCCUCAGACCCCGCAGACGGCCCUCGUCAAGAAGCUCUCCAAGCUGCAGAGUGGGAAGUGCUACCGGCAGCAGCACGAUCAGGAAAGAGGGAAAUCCGAUUACGCCAGCAUGGAGCACCCGCCGGACGUGCAGCACGCCAUGGACGUGAACAAGAAGCAGAGCUCGGUGGCUUAUAAGAAGGCUGCCAGGGCCAGUCUCAACUACACGCAAGUGGCCGAUCGUCCCGAUAUCCUCAAGGCCCAGCAGGCUGCCAAGCUCAUUAGCAAUAUCGAAUACCGGGCCAAGGCCAAGGAAGAGGCCGCGGGGUUGAUCACCGGGAUGGCAACUCGGCCAGACAUCGACCACGCCACAGGGGUGUCUCACCUGGUGUCGCAGGUGGAGUACACGAAGCAGAAGCCUCGCGGCCACGGCGCCGCCUCCUACGACACGCCACUCAUGCGCCAACUCAAGAAGGCCAGCAACCUUAUCAGCCACACAAAGUACAAGGAAAAGUUUGACAAGGAGGUGAAGGGGAAGAAGCCACACUUUAAGGCAGACGAGUCGACCACCUACAAAGCGAACAAGCAAGCGACUGCCCUGGCGAGCGAGGUGAAGUACAAGGAGGACCUGAAGAAGAUGCACACUCCCGGUGUGGGUCUGGCCUCCUCGCUGCUCAUGCAGCACAUCACCUCCACGAGCAAACUCAGCAGUGAGAAUGUGUAUAAGAAGGAAUUUGAGAAGAGUCGUGGAAAGUACCUGCAUGUGGUGGAUGGGCCUCAGCAAGUCCAUCACCGUGAGGUCACAGACAUGCAGAGCGAGUCCAAGUACAAGCAGGACUAUGAGAAGUCGAAAGGAAAGCCCAUGCUGGACUUCGAGACGCCCACCUUCAUCACGGCACGCGAAUCCCAGCUGAUGCAGCGACAGAAAGACUACCGGAGGGAUUUUGAGGAGGGAAUGAAGGGACGGAAUCUGAACGAUCUGGAGACGACACCUGCAUACCUGUGUGUGAAGCACGCCUCCAGCAUCCUCAGCGAGAGAGAGUACAAAAAGGACCUGGAGAGGGUGAUCAAGGGGAAGGGUAUGACUGUCCAGGACAUGAACACACCCGACUUGCAGCGAGCAAAGAAUGCCACGUCUAUCCUCAGCCAGACCAAGUACAAGGAGAUGGCAGGCAAGGAGCUCGGCGUUUACAUCUCGGUGGUCGACUCUCCCGACAUCGUGCACGCGCGUCACAUGAAGGACAUCAUGAGCUCGAUCAAGUACAAGGCGGAUGCGGUGAGGGAGCAGGGUCACUUCGUGUCUGUGCUGGACACACCCCAGUUCAACACCGUCAAGGAGAAUCAAAAGAACUUUAGUGAGAUCCAGUACCGGGACCCGAUGGCAAGCGGCACGUGUGCCACCGACACGCCUGAGCUGCGGCACGCCAAGCAAGCACAGCACAUCAUCAGCACGGUGAAAUACAAGGAGCAUCCCGGCAAGGCUACGCCUGUGCCCUUCACGCCGGAGGUGGAGCGCGUCCGCAGAAACCAGGAGCAUGUGUCUGACAUCAAGUACAAGGAGCAGCUGGGGAGGGGCACGGCUGUGAUGUUCACCCCGGAGAUGGAGCGGGUCCGCAGAAACCAGGCCAACGUAUCCGACGUGAGGUACAAGGAGCAGUUGGGGAGGGGCACGGCUGUGAUGUUCACCCCCGAGAUGGAGCGCGUCCGCAGAAGCCAGGCCAACGUGUCCGACAUCAAGUACAAGGAGCAGCUGGGGAGGGGCACGGCUGUGAUGUUCACCCCGGAGAUGGAGCGGGUCCGCACAAACCAGGUCAACGUGUCCGACGUGAAAUACAAGGAAGCAAUGCGGAAGUGCAUGGCCAUAUCUCUCACCCCGGAGAUGGAGCGCCUCCACCACAACCGGGCCAAUGUGUCCGUGGUCCAAUACAAAGAGCGGCUUGGGAAGUACACGCCCGUAAAUAUACCUUCUGACCUGGAGCGCCUACGAGAGACCGAGAGACACAUGAAUGCGGCUCAUUAUAAGGACCUGGGCCGAUGGGAUCAGCAGGGCCGCUCCAUGUGUCUGCUGGACACGCCUGAGAUGCGACGCGUGCGUCAAAACCAGCGGGACAUCUCCAUGGUGAAAUACCACGCAGACUUCGAGCGCAGCAAAGCGCGCGGCUUCACGCCAGUGACGGACGACCCCAUAACGGAGCGCGUACGCAAGAACACGCAGGAUGUGAGCGACAUCGCCUACAGGGGAAUCACACGGCGUGUCGUGCAGAUGGAGAGCACCUCAGCUGAGCAGGGCGGCACCACAGACCUGCGCGUUUGGCGAACGAACCCUGGCUCUAUUUUUGACUACGACCCUGCGGAGGACAACAUCCAGUCACGGAGCCUGCACGUCCUCAGCGUUCAAGCGAAGCGGUAUGGCCGGGAAUACCCACGCUCCCUCAGUGCCCUGAGCACGAGUACGGGCGAUGAAAAGUCGGAGAUGUCGGGCCCCACACGCACAGCCUCGUUCUGCAGCAACACGUACUCCAGCCAGCCGGCGGUGCAAUUCCAAGUUUCUCAGCAGGUACAAACCGGCCAAUCAGAGGGCACCCAGGAUCAGAGUGGCCAUGCCGUGGGCAGCAGGGUGCAAACUCACUACUCAGUCGGCACCCAGGGUCAGAGUGGACAUUCCGUGGGUACCAAAGCGCAAACUGGCUACUCAGCGGGCUCCCAGGGUCAGAGCGGGUAUUCUGCAGGCACCAGAAUGCAAACUAGCUACAUCGUGGGGAGACAAGGUCAGAGAGCACAGCCGGUUGGCACCAAGAUGCAAACCGGCUACUCGGGCGCUCAAGAUCAAAGUAGCCGCUCAGCAGGCACCAGGGUGCAAACUGACUACUCAGCGGGCUCCCAGGGUCAGAGCGGGCAUUCUGCAGGCACCAGAAUGCAAACUAGCUACAUCGUGGGCAAUCAUGGUCAGAGUGGGCAGAUGGUGGGCACCAAGAUGCAAACCGGCUACUCGUUAGGCACUCAAGAUCACAGUAGCUGCUCAGUGGGCACCAGGGUGCAAACUGGCUACUCAGUGGGUUCCCAGGGUCAGAGUGGCCACACAGUGGGCACUCACGGUCAGAGUGGCCAUUCUCUGGGCACCAGGAUACAAAGUGGUUACUCCGUGGGCUCCCAGGGUCAGAGUGGCCACACAGUGGGCACUCACGGUCAGAGUAGCCACUCGGUGGGCACCAGGGUGCAGACUCACUACUCAGUGGGUUCCCAGGGUCAGAGUGGUUAUUCCACGGAUUUCAGAGGGCAAACUGGCCACCCUGUAGUCAAUCAAGGUCAGGGUGGUCACUCGGUGGGCACCAGGAUGCAAACCCACUAUACGGUGGGCACCAAGGUGCACACUGGCCAGUCGGUCGGUGGCUACCUGAUGGGCAGCCAGAUGCGGAGCAGCUCCUCCAUGCAGACGGCGUUCCUGGCAUCGGCUGGAGUCAACGUUUCUGCCAGCCAUCGCUCGCUGCUGUCGCCGGUCUCGUCCCACCUGUCCUCGACUUCUAGAACCUACCGAGCCGUGUACGAGUACACGGCCGCAGACCGUGACGAGGUCUCUUUCCAGGACGGGGACGUCAUCGUUAACACCCAGCAAAUCGAUGAGGGCUGGAUGUACGGCACGGUGCAGCGCACAGGCAUCUCCGGCAUGCUCCCGGCGAACUACGUGCAGGCCCUGUGAGCCACCGCACGAGCUGCAACACUGCCGCCUUCUUCUUCAUACGGGCUCACCUCCACCAACCUCUCUCAUCGUCAGCCACAAAAGCAACAGCUUUCUUCUACACAAAGGCUUCACAAACAUGGCGAAUACAUUCUGAAAGUACACGUGUCCCGGUUUAACAACCCGUUUAACAACAUGGACAGUCCGGCAAUUAUCACCUGUGUUCGAGUGUCAGGAAAUCAUUUGUACAAGAUCUGGUACCAGUAUUGUGUUGAACUUGAUUCCAGUAUUAUGCACAGUUUUGAUAGACCUAGGCUGACUGAGAAAUGUCUGGGUUUUGGUAUGUUGAAAAGGUGGCAACUCUUAAGGUUACUCUCAGCUACAAAUCUGAAGACGUAUUAGUGAGCAUAGAUAACGUUUUGCUGCGAGUUUGGUUAGCACAUUUCGACACAGUUGUGGUCACCUGCGUGUGAACCCUUGUUGCAUGGUGGUGGCUGUGAACAGCGUUUGCUUAUGUGUUCUAAUAAAGCCUGAUCUCCGA